GCUUGGCGGGCUUAAAUUAACAAGACUAGCAUUUUCUUUGCUGGUUGUGGAGAACCAAAAAAUGUGUUAAUGAACUUUCAUCUCUAAUGCUUUCUGGAAUCCUGAAAGAUUAUAGCCCGCUUGGAUGAAAAGCUAUGGAGUUACAACAGACAAAGGAGAAGAAGCUUCUAUCUCGGCAUUUUAGCCAUGAACAUCCGUUGGAACAUACCAGUUCACCUCCAAAAGGUGACACCGCUGCCUGUUUUGGAUGCAAGCUAAAUAUAUUCUCUGGCAAGGAGUAUUACAAAUGCAAGAUCUGUCCAUUUUCUCUUCACAAAGUAUGCCACAAUAUGCCCAAAAAAGUCCAGCAUCCUGCUGAUCCAGAGCAUCAUUUCACCCUCCGAGCCAUGCCUCAUUCAUCAUCUACCACAGCCUCCUUUAAUUGUAAGGCUUGUGGCCUCUGCAUCAUUGGUUUCUACUAUAACUGUGACAAAUGUGGUGAUUACUAUCAUAUUUUAUGCUCGGUAGUGCCACUUUUUGUCAAGAUGCCUUCCCACAUUCAUCGGCUCAAACUAGAAUUUUCACCACCAUAUGACUUUCAAUGUGAUUUAUGCAAAAAACCCAGUUACAAUGGAUGGCUUUAUCGUUGUGGCUUAUGUGAAUUUGAUGCCCAUCUUUCAUGUGCCAUUACCAACAAAGGUACAGAGUGGCUUCAACAUCAAUCAGCACCACAAAGGUACAUUGCCUUGCCCAUUAACCAAAAUUUGGAUUGCAACAAUAAAGGUCAUGAAAUUAUGGAGUUAAUAACACGAGGAAUGAAGGGCACAGGGCAGAGCAUUUGCGUGGAGAUUGGUACAGAUCGAUCUCUUCCCCAUGAUCAAUAUAGCCUACUUUCUGAAGAUUUGACAAUCCCUAGUUAUCAAUUCAGUGAUCUUUGUUUUUCAUUAGAUUUUGCUAAAUCUCUUCUGGGUGAUGAAUACAUGGAUCAAAAAACCAAGGAAGCUCAUUCCCAUGGGAUAGAUAAUAUUCCAGAAGUUAAAGCAAAAACAAGCCAUGACUAUGCUGCCUUGCCCAAUGGGAUCAUGGAUCAUUUGAAGCAUACUAAUCUAGCACCAACUCUUGCUAAAAAGCCAAGUUUUGAUUUUCAUAACGAAGGUCCAAAUCCAAAGAAUAGGUUAAACGGGCCAUUUUCAACUGGCAUGGCUGGUCAUGUUUGGAUGGAACUAGGACAAGAAAGUCAAAACAGAAAACCAAAUGGAGCCAGUGGCAGGACAGAUGAUACAAAGAGCACAAAAUCUGACACUGAAAGUUUGGGUUCAUAUUUGUCUAGGCUUCUUUUAUGCUUCUAUUAUCCGAGGAAUAAUGGUAUAGGUAGUAAAUCUUUCAAGAAUGGAAGGAAGUGAAAGUUCAAUCCAGAUUGGAGACCUAGCAUGGAAAAGACUCGAAAUAUCGAUCCUUGGUUAUUCUUUGCUCUUCAAUUCAUAAUUUACUAAUGAAUGUCAUUAUUUUAGUGUUGUAAUGUGAAUAAACUUUCCACAAUCACUAAUAUAUUCAUAAUAUGAUCAUUAGUUUUUCCA